AUGGCUAAACCAUGGUUAGAUGAAGAAACCGAAUAUCUUAAGGAACUUUAUUAUCAUCAUUACCAAAAGAAUAAAAAAGAAAAGAUCAAUUGUAACAAAAUUACACAAUUAGUUAAUGAAAGAUUUGCAAAUGAUCGUUCACCCCAAGCAAUUAAAGACAAGGCACAUAGGUUAAAAAUUUCCAAGAAAUAUGCAACUAAAACUGAUAAUGAUUAUGAUGAUUAUGAUGAUGAUGAUGAUGAUGAUGAUAAUGAUAAUGAUUAUGAUGGUAGAGAUAAUAAUGAAGAUUCUCAAAAAAUAGGAAAAAUUAACUUUGAUGAUCAAAAUGUUAAUGUUAAAGAAGAGAUCUACCAACAACCUGUUAAAACAACAAUCUCAGUAUCAAUCUUGGAUGAUAAUAAUAAUAAAAAUAAUAAAAAUGAAAAUUCAGUUCAAACAAUAACAACAACAACAACAAAAAAACCAGAAAUAGAUACACCACCAAUAACAAAUGCAACUACAACAACAAAAAAUUUAAAAAAAUUAAAAAAAGAUUCAAUUGAAGUUGAAAUUAAAUAUUUGAAAAAAAGGUUAGAUUAUUUAACAGAAAAAUUGAAUAAUUUAGAAAUUUAA